ACACACCUCUUGUACUUCACUUUCUGUUUAUAACUUACUGUCAGCUGUAUCCUGUUCCAUGAGACAGUGAGAGGCACAAAUACAUGAAAGAGACCGAGCUGAAAAUGGUGUCAAACACUGUUGUAAAAAACAAUGUGAAGGUCUCCUGCGAAAUUCCUGAGAGAAAGGUCAUCAAUAUCAAUAUUUCACAACACUCCUUCUUGGUUGAUCUGAUUGAAACUAUUAGGACUCGAAGAGAACCUUGCAAUGCCUCUACCUCCGCUAGUGUGACCCCCCCUGUAGCCCCCGUAGCAUUUGCGACCUUUCAGUUUACCUUUGGCUGCAUCUGUACCAUGCUGGCUAUCAAUGUUCUCACAAUACAACUACCGCUGACUAUUUACUAUUCAAAUACACUUUUUUGGGUGGGGAUUCCGUUCAUUCUCUCUGGAACAUUGGAUGUUGUGGCUUACAGAUGGCCCAGAACAUUUUGGGUGGCGCUCUCCUUUAUCUCUCACUUACUGACUUUUAGUGCUACCAUCCCUGGUAUUGUGUUUAUUGAUAAAUCAAUGAGAGAUUUGCCUGGGAUCUACAAAUGUGAUCUUCAGGAUUAUGAUACCAACGUAAAGUGGGAAGAGUGCCAAAAUGAAUUUAGGCAAUAUCAGGCUAUCUUGAGUGGUUUGAUGGUAAUGCUGAAAUGCCUUGUGUUCUUUGGUCUCAUCACGUCUAUCAUUUCUAUCAGCCACGGACUGAUAAGGUGUUAUAAUAGCUGCUCAUACAAGGAACUUCCAGAAGAAAAGGUUGAUUCCCUACAACAGUCUGAUGUAAUAGUUGUGUAGAGAUAAAAUCAUCCUCCAGCUAAACCAAAAUCACAUGAACUGUAGUUUUACUGUUGAGUUCUGUAAUAUUCUCCCCACUGUUCAAGACCCCUCCAAUCUCCCCACAGUUCAAGACCUAUACCUGUCCAGAGUCAAGAAGCGUGCAGGGAAAAUUGUGGCAGACAUGCAACACCCGGCCACGACCUGUUUGAAAUGCUCCCAUCAGGCAGGCAUUACAGGUCCAUUCCCGCCAGGAAGACUCGAACCACUAAAAGCUUCUUCCCACUAACUGUCCAUCUACUAAACGAUGUCUGUAUGUCUAGUGCUACGUACUGAGAUCCAAUUCUACACAGUAUUCCCAUAGUUAAGCAUGUUAUGUAUGUUUGUAUACAUGUACAGUACGUUACAUAUCACGUCUGUAUCUCCCCUUUAUGUUGUUAUUUGGUGAUGCGUUGUUACCGCAAACAAUUCCUAGUAUACGUGAGUAUACCUGGCCAAUAAAGCUGAUUCUGAUUCUGA